AUGGCAAAGAGGACUGUGUCAGUGCAGGUACUGCUGCUCAUUGUACAUGGCAUCCUAGUGCCAGCUUCAGCACAAGUCUGCAGCCUGCUUGAAUGUAAUACAGUUGAUGCUUUUAUUCACCACAGCUUAAACUUGCGCGAGUUUAAAUUUGCUCAGACGCUGAUUUUUGCCCUUGAGGAGAUUAAUAACAGCACACAGUUGUUGCCUGGUAUUUCUUUGGGCUAUAAGAUAUAUGACUCAUGUCGCUCUUUCACUCAAACAAUCAUCUCAGGCAUGGCUUUAAUGAACGGUUAUGAAGACACUUUGAGUGAUACAUCCUGCCCUAGACCACCAGCUGUUCAUGCCAUUGUUGGAGAUUCAGCAUCCUCAUCCACCAUUGGCUUGGCCUCUGUAGUUGGUCCAUUCAGCUUACCUGUUAUCAGUCAUUUUGCCACAUGUGCAUGCUUGAGUGACAGAAAAAGGUAUCCAUCCUUCUUCAGAACAAUACCCAGUGAUUAUUACCAAAGCAGAGCACUGGCUCAGCUUGUCAAGCACUUUGGCUGGACCUGGGUUGGGACAGUCAGGAGUCGCAAUGACUAUGGUAAUAAUGGAGUUGCAGUAUUUGAGGAGGCUGCAAAAGAAGAGGGGGUUUGUAUUGAAUACUCAGAGGCCAUAUUAAACAAUGAUCCACAAGAACAGUUUCUGAAGACACUGGAGGUGAUCAAAAAGGGCACUGCCAGGGUUGUGCUUGCUUUUAUUGCAUUAGGAGAUUUUCUCCCCCUCCUGAAAGUAAUUUUGCAACACAAUAUCACAGGGAUACAGUGGGUUGGCAGUGAAUCCUGGAUCACUUCUCGAACUCUUGCAGAAACAAAGGAAUACAGUUUCCUUUCUGGAGCUGUGGGUUUUGCUAUAGCAAAUGCCAAUAUUAUGGGUCUGCGAGAGUUCCUAGUGAAUGUGCACCCUGAUCAAGAACCAAAAAAUUUACUUUUAAAAGAAUUUUGGGAAAUAGUUUUUCAGUGCUCGUUCAGAAACAUUGGCAGUGAUGGCUGUACUGGUUCAGAGAGACUUGCAGAGCUGCAAAAUGAAUAUACUGACAUAUCAGAGCUACGGAUAGUAAAUAAGGUGUACACUGCAGUCUAUGCCGUCGCAUAUACACUACAUAACAUAUUAAAAGACUUCAGAUCCUCCAGCAACAGCAGCAAAAUAGGAUGGCUUAUACCACAAAUGGUGUUGAAGUAUAUGAGGGAUGUGAGAUUCACUGUUAAAACAGGUGAAGAAAUCUUUUUUGAUGAAAGUGGUGAUCCAGUAGCACGAUAUGACCUUGUUAACUGGCAGCCUGCUGAGGAUGGAAGUCUGCAAUUUGAGCAUGUGGGCCUCUAUGACAGCUCACUGCCUUCAGAACAUCUUCAAGUCAAUCAGGAACACAUACUAUGGGCAGAGAAAAGUGGACAGUUGCCUGUGUCCGUGUGCAGUGAGAGCUGCCCCCCCGGCACUAGGAAGGCUGUGCAAAAAGGUCGACCUGUCUGCUGUUAUGACUGUAUUCCAUGUGCAGAGGGAGAAAUCAGUAAUGGCACAGAUUCUAGUGACUGCUUUCCUUGUGAUUUGGAGUACUGGUCGAAUGAAAGGAAAGACAGAUGUGUAUUAAAAGUGGUUGAAUUCCUGUCUUAUACAGAAAUCAUGGGGAUGGUGUUCUGUAUUUUUUCAUUUAUUGGAGUGUUAUUAACAGCAAUGGUAUAUUUUCUGUUUUAUCUUCAUAAAGAAACAUCUAUUGUAAGAGCCAACAACUCAGAAAAAAAAAAAAGAAAAUAUGGGCGGUUCCUUGAGAUAAUUCGUUAG